ACCACUUUUUAUCAUUAGCCUCAACAGAGCUAGCUUACAUUUGGAACUUUAGCCCAAUAAGUGCUCCAGAGGUAACUUAGCUAAAAAAAAAAAGCACUUUAGAGUAUAUACCACUAUGACUCACCUGUCUCUGUCUCAUCUCGUAGCAAGCCCAUGCCUGCCUCUGUAUUUCCUCCAGUCAACGACUUCACACACUGUGCUGUGAACCCUCCUACCGGCAGACAGAUGGGGCUGGAUCAUACGCGGAAGUUUGAGUUCCGCUCCUCACUCAGUCCAGUUCACUUCGAAACUGAGAGCACACGGACUACAGUCACGUUUCUCCUGAGCAGCAGACCCGGCUUCACAAGGCAAGGUGAAUCAUGAGCAGCAGCUACAGCGUCACCCUGGCUGGCCCCGCCCCCUGGGGCUUCAGACUUCAGGGAGGGAAGGACUUCUGCCUGCCCCUCACCAUCUCACGGCUCACUGAUGGAGGGAAGGCAGCCAAAGCCAAGAUUAGCAUUGGAGACAUCAUCCUGUCCAUUGACGGCGUUUCCACAGAGAGCAUGAAUCACCUGGAGGCCCAGAACAAGAUCAAGGCCUGCACAGGCUCCCUGAGCCUCACUCUACAGAGACCGUCGAGCGCCCCCAAGAAUGGAGUGCCUAAGGAUGAACCUCAGGAAAUCAUAAAGCCUGUCCCCAUCACUCACCCUGCCUCGAGCACCACAUACACCAAGCCAUCCAGUCAGCCCAACCCUCUUUACAACAAAACCGCCCGGCCUUUCGGUGCUGGUGGCGGUGUGAUCACAGCUUCCUCCACCCCGGACGCCCCCAAAGUAGCAACUAUUCCCUCUGCAUCCUCCGCUUUCACGCCAGCUGCCCCUUCUCAACCACAGCCUCCGUUUCCGCUGAAGUCGAGCCCAGCUCCCCCGGACUCAACUCUAGCCAGCUCAGUCCCAAAGCCCAGCUCUGGUCGCUCCCCCUUCGCUUCCCCUUACUCCUCUUCCUCCUCGUCUAACUCCUCCUCACCAGCGAGAGUGACAGCCCCCCCUCCCAACUCUAAUGUCCCACAGUCCUCCGUCUAUAACACGCCCAUCAACCUGUACUCCUCUUCCAAUGCUUGUGAGGUGGCUUUGGGACAGAGACGAGGUCUUUUUGAGAGCCAGGGGCUGACAGAGAACUUCAAUGGGAAACUGAUUGAUGACCCGGAGAAUUACGCGUCCCCGCUUGGCGAUGCCAGUAAGAAACGUCUGAUGGAGGACACAGAGGACUGGCAGCCGAGAACCGGCACCUCCCAGUCCCGCUCCUUCCGGAUCCUGGCCCAGCUCACCGGCACUGAAAAUGAGCAAGCUGCAGAAAACAGUGGAAAGAAUGAGGCUGUUGAUACUGCCACUCCAGCUGUGCACACCUCGCCUGCAGCAAAAACAUUUUCCAAAUCUGCAGCAGCACCCAGAAACGGCAAUGUCGUCCCUGCAUCCUCGUUUAAGAGCCCGGCGGCCCAAAACAAGUCUCCCUUCCCGCCUGGAGGUCUACCAGGUUUUCCUAAGGGUGGAGCAGCUCCUUCAUUUGGCAAAGUUACCACCCCUGCACCAAAAGGUCCAGACCGCCCCACCCCACGGCCACACCCACAGGACCUCAACUCUCUGGUGCAGCAGGCGGAGCACAUCCCAGCUGGCACUCGCACCCCAAUGUGUAACAAAUGCAACAGUGUGAUCAGGGGUCCUUUUCUUGUGGCCAUGGGCAUGUCCUGGCACCCUGAGGAGUUCAACUGUGCUCACUGCCACUCCUCCCUGGCAGAACAUGGCUUUGUGGAGGAGAAAGGGCAGGUGUACUGUCCAAACUGCUAUGAGCAGUUCUUCGCUCCCACCUGUGCACGCUGCAACCAGAAGAUCCUGGGGGAGGUCAUGAAUGCCCUGAAACAGACUUGGCAUGUGUCCUGUUUCACCUGUGCCGCCUGCUAUCAGCCAAUCAAAGGCAACAUGUUCCACAUGGAGGAUGGACAGCCAUACUGUGAACAAGACUACUACAGCCUGUUUGGGACAAACUGCCAUGGUUGUGACUUCCCCAUCGAGGCUGGGGAUAAGUUCCUGGAGGCUAUGGGAUUCACCUGGCAUGACACCUGCUUUGUUUGUGCGGUGUGCUCUACUAGCCUGGAAGGUCAGGCGUUCUUCUCGAAAAAAGACAAGGCUCUGUGCAAGAAACAUGCCCACACCGUCAACGUCUGACCUGCCUCCAUGAAUCUGAAGGGGAAAGGGCGUCAGUGUCAGUUUACAGCUAUUCAUAGUGCAGUAAGAUAUUUUGGCAAUUAAAACUGUGUAUUCUGGUAGAAUAACAUUGGGUCAGAGGUGCCACUGUAAGCUUCAUUUUAGCUCUAAUUGUGUAAGUUUAUGUCAGCUUCAUAAAUUUAAGAACAUGCAGGAGCAUCCUGCUUUUUUAUUAUCUGUGCAAAGGUUUCAUUCAUGUGUUUGUGUUGAGGCUUUGGAGGUUCAAGCUCUUUAUGGCGUCACACAGAACAAGAUAGUUCUCUGCAAUGACCUACUGAGCCCCACAAGGGUCACUUUCAGUAUUAGGAUGAAAAAAUUGACGUGUAGAGAUAUUCUAUUACACAAGCAGUGUAAGACAAAUAUUUAGAAAUUUAGAUUAUUUAACAUUGGGGGGAAACAUAUUUAUUUAAAGUGAAGAUUGCUCAAUGUGGGUUAAAAAUGGGAAAUUUUAAUACUGUUAUUGUUUUUUGUUUUUAUAACCAUUUUGUUUAGACAAAGUUGGAACUGCCCAGUAAAUCAAAGCACAAACAUUUGUACAGCAGCGUGGAAAUUAGACACUGCACAUAUCAAUUUUUACUUUUAUUGCAUAACGGUUCUAUGCAAAAAUACAGUUACAUGGUAGAAGAUCCUGUUGUUUAUUUGUAUAUUUUGUUAUAAGUGCAGUUCAGGGGCAAAAGGGUUCAUGAGGAGACAUGAAUCUACUCCAUUUUACUAAUUCCAGUAUUUUAAAUAAAUAUUAUUUGAAUUCCAUUAUGAAAAAAUGCCAUGCUGAUGUAUUACCUUCCCUCCACUUAGCCCUUUUCUACCCAUCAGGAUGCAUCAUGUUGUAUCCGUUCUCACACAUUGUUAUUUUUAUCAUGUUUCAUAAAAUUAACAAAAAUGAUGUUAAUAUAUAUUUCAGUUUUCUUUUGUCUUGCAGUUUCUUUAAAUUGAGUUAAAGGUGCAUGUAUGUUCAUACUUAUGCAAUGGAUUUCUCAUUGGACACUCACCAAAAAAAGCACCAAUCUCUUCACUCUCCUUUCAAUAAAAGAGUUCAACAUUGAAAA